AUGCGUCUUUCAAGCAGCGCUCUCCUCCUGGCAGCGGGCCUCAGCGACCUCGCCACUGCGGUUCCCAUCCAGGACAGCCCGCGACAACGGCUGCUGGACGGCAAGCCUCUGCCGGCCAAGUACCGGAAGGCCACGCCGGCUCCGAACCCUUAUACCCCCGACUACCGAGACCCCUACGAUAAGUCCGUAGACUCCAUCGGCGAGGGACUCGACCCCUUGCCCUGGCGCAAUGGCGAGGGCGCAUCGGUCUUGGGGCCAUGGAACCGGGAGCGCUCGCGCCAGAACCCGGAUCUCGAAGGCGGCUGGACGCGGCAGACCACGGUCCGCGAGCUCCCCACCAGCGUCGAGCUCGCAGCAGUCAACAUGCGCCUGGGCGAAGGCGUGAUCCGCGAGCUGCACUGGCACAAGGAGGCCGAGUGGGCGUACGUGCUGGACGGCAGCGUGCGGGUGACGGCGCUGGACUACGAAGGGGGCACCUUCGUCGACGACCUCCAAAAGGGCGACCUGUGGUAUUUCCCGUCGGGCGUCCCCCACUCGCUGCAGGGGCUCAGCGCCAACGGCACCGAGUUCCUGCUCAUCUUCGACUCGGGGUCCUUCUCGGAGGAGUCGACCUUUCUGCUGACCGACUGGUUGGCGCACACGCCGCGGUCCGUCAUCUCCAAGAACUUCCACCUGCCGCCCGAGGUGUUCGCACACAUCCCCCCCUCGGAGCGGUACAUCUUCCAGGGCUCGCAGCCCGGCUCGGUGGACGACGAGUUCCCCAAGGGCAAGUACGUGAAGCCGUCUACGCAGCAGUUCACGCACCGCAUGCUGGCGCAGGAGCCCAAGAACACGACGGGCGGGGAGGUGCGCAUCGCCGACACGCGCAACUUCAACGUCUCCAAGACGGUCGCCGCCGCCCACGUCCUCAUCCGCCCCGGCGCGCUGCGCGAGAUGCACUGGCACCCCAACGCGGACGAGUGGUCGUUUUUCUUGAGGGGGCGCGCGCGCGUGACCGUGUUUGGCGCCGAGGGCACCGCCCGCACGUUCGAUUACCAGCCGGGCGAUGUGGGUAUCGUGCCGCGUAAUAUGGGCCAUUUUGUGGAGAAUAUUGGGGAUGAGGAUAUUGAGAUGCUGGAGGUGUUCCGUGCGGAUGAGUUUCGGGAUUUUUCGCUGUUCCAGUGGCUGGGCGAAACGCCGCGGCGCAUGGUGGCGGACACGCUGUUUAAGGGGGACAAGGAGGCCGGCGAGAAGUUUUUGAAGGAGAUUGAGGAUGCGGGGAAGGAUGAGGUUACGCUGCCGCUGAACGAUAUCGUGUGA